CUGGAACACUCAUUAGAUGGGAGCUCUAAAUCAAACAAGAGUGACUGAAUUUGUCUUCCUGGGCCUCACUGACAAUUGGGUGUUGGAGAUUCUGUUUUUCAUACCAUUUACAGCCACUUAUGCAUUAACACUUUUGGGGAACAUCCUCAUUGUUGUUACCAUAGUCUUCACUCCACGUCUCCACAAUCCCAUGUACUACUUUCUGAGCAAUCUGUCCUUCAUUGACAUCUGCCACUCAUCUGUCACCGUGCCCAAGAUGCUGGAGGGUUUGCUUUUAGAAAAAAAGACCAUUUCCUUUGACAAUUGCAUCGCACAGCUCUUCUUCCUACAUCUCUUUGCUUGUGCUGAGAUCUUUCUGCUGACGAUUAUGGCGUAUGAUCGUUACGUGGCUAUCUGCAUCCCACUGCAUUACUCCAGUGUGAUGAACAUGAAGGUCUGUGUACAGCUUGUCUUUGCACUCUGGCUGGGGGGCACUGUUCAUUCACUUGUGCAAACUUUGUUGACUAUUCGUCUACCCUACUGUGGCCCGAACAUUAUCGAUAGCUACUUCUGUGAUGUACCUCCUGUCAUCAAGCUGGCUUGCACAGAUACAUACCUUACAGGGAUUCUGAUCGUAUCCAAUAGUGGAACCAUCUCCCUCGUAUGUUUUCUAGCCUUGGUCACCUCCUACACAGUCAUCCUGUUUUCUCUUCGAAAACAGUCAGCAGAAAGUCGUCGGAAAGCCCUGUCCACCUGCUCAGCCCACUUCAUGGUGGUUGCCCUGUUCUUUGGGCCAUGUAUCUUCAUCUACACUCGGCCAGAUACCAGCUUCUCCAUCGACAAGGUGGUAUCAGUCUUCUACACAGUGGUCACCCCUUUGCUGAAUCCUCUCAUUUACACCUUGAGGAAUGAGGAGGUGAAAACUGCCAUGAAGCAUCUCAGGCAGAGACGAAUUUGCUCAUAAAAUCGUGUGUGUGUGUGUGUGUGUGUGUGUGUGUGUGUGUGUAUGUGUUGUGAUGACAGCCACAGUUAUGACCA